CGAGCCAGCACGCGACGCGUUCCCUCCGCUUGACCUCCCUCCUCCACGCACAAUUGUGUGAAAGCAUUCGUUUGUUUGGACACGAUGCUUGGUGCUCUCUCGCCCGUAGUAUCGACUGGUUUACAAGCUCUUGGAGCCUUGUCUGCAGGAUGUUUCCUCCUGUCGUUUGGCACUGUUCUCUUGAAAGCGUUCGUCCUACCAGGGAUUUCACUGAAAAGAUUUGGAGCAAAGAAGGGGGCUUGGGCAGUUGUGACCGGUGCUUCCGACGGUAUUGGGCGCGAGUUUGCGUUGCAGCUUGCUAAAGCCGGGUUCAACGUCUUGCUUGCGGCCAGGAAUCCUGAAAAGCUGGCCACUGUGGCUUCGGAAAUACAAAGCAAAGUAGGGUCGGAUAUCAAGACCCAAACCUUUGUCAUAGAUUUUGCCCAUGCGGAUGACGCCGCGUAUGAAAAGUUUACGACUGCUCUUCAGGAUUUGGACGUCGGUGUACUUGUGAACAAUGUCGGGAAGUCGCACGAGAUGCCUGUAGACUUCGUCGAGACUCCUGCCGAAGAAAUCAGCGACAUUCUCACCAUAAACAUCAAAGCAACGCUUCGCGUUACCUCGGCUGUGACCCCUGGCAUGGUCUCCCGACGACGGGGUUUGGUUCUCAACUUAGGCUCCUUCGCUGGUGCUGCUCCAGCUCCUAUGCUAGCGACCUACUCGGCGUCAAAGGCCUUCCUCGCAACAUUCUCAGAUGCCCUUGCGGCUGAACUCGGACCCAAGGGCAUAGUUGUCGAGCAUUCGAACACUUACUUCGUCGUAUCUUCGAUGUCAAAAAUCCGCCGCGCAUCCGCGAUGGUGCCGACGCCAGCAUCCUAUGUUCGCUCGGUCCUCAAGUCUAUCACACCCGGCAACCAGACUCCAUACUGGAGUCACUCUCUCCUCGCAUACUUCAUGGGCCUUGCACCUGCUCGCUUCGUUCUUUGGUACACUCAUGCCCUUCACAAAGAUAUUCGUAAGCGGGCACUGAGGAAGAAGGAGCGGGAGGCGAAGAAAGCCUGAGGCUGUCGGACAACGAAAAGUACAGUCCAUAUAGAUCUCAUAUUUCCAAAAUACCUACUGUACCUUCACGUAUACUGCCCUGCUUGCACAACUACUAGCCUUCUGGUCGCCGUCAGAUCGAUCCCG